CCAGGUGUUUGCUGCAAUGGUUCUUUGUUUCCUUAAAUUUGCGUUUUGGUAGAUUACAAAAAUGUUCAGUGCGAGCCAGUCCUCCAAAGCCCAGUUCCUCGACAAAGCACGCCAGGCUCGGGAGGAGCGGAGGGAGCUGAAAGAGAGGGAGCGUGCUGUCGUCCAGAUCCAGGCUUUGAUCAGGAGAUUUCUCUGUCGAUGCCGCCUGCAGAGGGAGAUAAGGAGAGAAGUGGAGGAUUUCUUUGGGGCAAAUGAAUCUGGCUCAAGUAAAAGAAGUGCUCUUUCUAUCUUCAGAAUUGCUAGGAAACUACUGUUUGUAUUUAAUCAUAAAGAGGACAAAGAGAGAUAUGAAAAGCUGUGCCGGUGUAUUCUUAAUAGUAUGGACGCUGAGAAUGAGCCCAAGGUGUGGUAUGUCUCACUGGCACUCUCCAAGGAUCUUACGCUCCUAUGGAUCAAACAGAUCAAAGACAUUUUGUGGUUUUGCUGUGAAUUUCUCAAGCAGCUUAAGCCUGACAUCUUACAAGACUCCAGACUGGUCAAUCUGCACCUCACAAUGCUUGUCACCUUCACAGACACUUCUACCUGGAAAAUCCUUCGGGGAAAAGGUGAAACCCUGAGGCCUGCCAUGAACCACAUCUGCGCAAACAUCAUGGGACAUCUAAACCAGAAGGGAUUUUAUUCCGUGCUGCAGAUUUUGCUAACUAAUGGCUUGGCAAGAUCCAGACCUUCCUUGUCCAAAGGCUCUUUGACUGCCAUCUUCUCUCUUGCAUUGCGCCCUGUGGUUGCUGCGCAGUUUUCAGACAAUCUGUUGAGGUCGUUUCUGAUCCAUAUCAUGUCUGUGCCUGCUAUAAUGACUCAUCUUGCUACUCUAACACCUGAGCGUCUGGCAGUGAUAGAAUCUCAUGGUCUUUUUCGCAAGUUCAUCCUAUUUUUAAGUCGUGAAGCACAAUGCCGAGAUGUCUGCGUGUGCCUGGAAGGAAGUCACACUCUUUGUUUGUUAGGUAAUCUUGUAUACUUGGGCUCCUUGAAUGAUAAAGUUCUCGAGGAGGAGACGGCUCAUUUUGUGGGUGUGCUCAUUCACAUGCUCUCCUACUGCCAGAAGUACGUUUCACAAAAGAAAUCCAACCUCACCCACUGGCAUCCUGUUCUAGGCUGGUUUUCGCAGACAGUGGAUUAUGGAUUGAAUGAGUCCAUGCCUCUGCUGACAAAGCAACUGCAGCAUCUCUGGGGAGUCCAUAUGAUCCGCAUCCUCUUCAGUGAUGUGCUCAGCAAGAAAUUGCUGGAGAAUCAGGAAAUAGCUCAGCUGCCAACACAGCCGGUUUCCCCGCAGAACAGCCUUCCUAUGAAGAAUCUUUUUAAGAGAGCUUUCCAGAAGUCUGCAUCUGUCCGCAACAUUCUCAAGCCUGUUGGGGGCAAGCGAGUGGACUCCGCAGAAGUGCAGAAGGUGUGCAGUAUCUGUGUCCUGUACCAAACCACGCUUACAACGCUAACACAGAUCCGUCUGCAGAUACUCACAGGCCUCACUUACCUGGAUGAUCUGUUGCCCAAAUUAUGGGCUUUUAUCUGUGAGCUGGGACCACAGGGCGGGUUAAAACUCUUCUUGGAGUGCUUGAAUAAUGAUACGGAGGAAUCCAAGAGGCUGCUGGCCAUGUUGAUGCUCUUCUGUGACUGCUCCCGCCACCUUAUCACGAUUCUUGAUGACAUAGAAGUCUAUGAAGAGCAGAUUUCAUUCAAACUGGAAGAGCUUGUUACCAUCUCAUCUUUUCUGAAUUCCUUUGUAUUUAAGAUGAUUUGGGAUGGAAUUGUAGAGAACGCCAGAGGGGAGACCCUGGAGCUGUUUCAUUCUGUCCAUGGCUGGCUCAUGGUCUUGUAUGAAAGGGACUGCCGCAGGCGUUUUGCUCCCGAAGACCACUGGUUACGCAAGGACCUCAAACCCAGCGUGCUCUUCCAGGAGCUGGACAAGGACAAGAAACGAGCCCAGCUGCUCCUGCAGUACAUCCCGCACGUCAUUCCCCACAAGAACAGGGUGCUGCUUUUCCGAAACAUGGUUACAAAGGAGAAGGAGAAGCUUGGGCUGGUUGAAACCAGCUCUGCAUCACCUCAUGUCACACACAUCACUAUCCGCCGCUCACGUAUGCUGGAGGAUGGAUAUGAACAGCUACGGCAGCUUUCCCAGAAUGCCAUGAAGGGAGUGAUCAGAGUGAAGUUUGUGAAUGAUCUGGGUGUCGAUGAGGCUGGUAUUGAUCAAGAUGGUGUCUUCAAAGAGUUUCUGGAAGAGAUAAUAAAGAAGGUGUUUGACCCCGCACUCAACUUGUUCAAGACAACCAGUGGUGAUGAGAGGCUGUAUCCAUCCCCAACAUCCUACAUUCAUGAGAACUACCUACAGCUCUUCGAGUUUGUGGGGAAGAUGCUUGGGAAGGCUGUGUACGAGGGAAUAGUUGUGGAUGUACCGUUUGCUUCCUUCUUUUUGAGUCAGCUACUUGGGCACCACCACAGUGUUUUCUACAGCUCCGUAGAUGAACUUCCCUCCUUGGACUCUGAGUUCUAUAAAAAUCUCACUUCAAUUAAGCGUUAUGAUGGUGAUAUCAGUGACUUGGGCUUAACGCUGUCCUACGAUGAAGAUGUGAUGGGUCAGCUUGUUUGCCAUGAACUUGUUCCUGGAGGGAAGACCAUUCCCGUUACCAAUGAAAAUAAGAUCAGCUACAUCCAUCUCAUGGCUCACUUCCGGAUGCACACACAAAUCAAGAGUCAGACAGCAGCACUCAUCAGUGGAUUCAGGUCGAUCAUUAAGCCUGAGUGGAUUCGUAUGUUUUCUGCACCAGAGUUGCAGCGGCUGAUCUCCGGUGACAACGCCGAGAUUGACCUGGAGGACUUAAAAAAACACACGGUGUACUAUGGGGGCUUCCAUGGGAGUCACCGGGUCAUUAUCUGGCUGUGGGACAUCCUAGCCAAUGACUUCAGCCCUGAGGAGAGGGCCAUGUUUCUCAAGUUUGUUACCAGCUGCUCCAGGCCUCCACUUCUGGGCUUUGCCUACCUCAAGCCUCCUUUUUCCAUCCGCUGCGUGGAAGUCUCUGAUGAUCAGGACACCGGUGACACGCUGGGCAGUGUGCUACGGGGCUUCUUCACGAUCCGCAAGAAAGAGCCGGGUGGGCGUCUCCCAACCUCCUCUACGUGUUUCAACCUCCUCAAGCUUCCCAACUACAGCAAGAAAAGCAUCCUGCGGGAGAAGCUGCGCUACGCAAUCAGCAUGAACACUGGCUUCGAGCUCUCCUAGUUGCCAUGGCCCUGGACUGCUCAAUGGGGGCUCUCGGAGCUGCUGGAGGUGGCGGCCUUCCCGCACAGAGGGUGGAUCGGCUCCGCGGGAGCUGACUGCUCACUGGAGGGCUGGAGAGAUGCAGCUGAUAAUAGAGGUUUACAGGGAAGAGCUGCUGGGCUAGACAGGGCUGGCUCUUCUUGGGCACUUCUCCAGGAUGAAGGAGGUGAUGGGCCUGACCCAAUACACUUCACUUGACACCCACGUAAAUCGUCUUUAAAAGCAAACCCCGGGGGAGCAUAAAAGGAACAUUAAAAGUGCCAGUCAGAUUAGUGACCGUAAUACC